UUUAAGUAAAUUUUAAAGUAUGUUCUUACCAGCUUUAUAGCUUGGCCUAACUCAAUACUAAAUAUGUAGCAGAAAAUCAGUAAAUAUUGAAGUACAUUACAAGAUAUGCGAAGCUUUUAUUCACUGCUGUAUCCUCAGUGUGUAGAAGAGUAUCUGGCAUAUGGGAGACACUUUAGCGUUUGUUGACUGAAUGCUGUUGAUACCGGUACUGCUUUGAGCUGGCCCGUGGAACCUGAUGUAACAAGCCCCUCCUCCCACUUCUCUCCUUUCAUAUGGCCCAUUAGCCUGUCUCCUUCAGAUGGAGCCAGUGAACUAUGAACGAGUGAGAGAAUAUAGUCAGAAAGUCCUGGAACGACAGCCUAAUAAUGCCAAGGCCUUGUAUCGGGCAGGAGUGGCCUUUUUCCACCUACAGGACUAUGACCAGGCCCGGCACUACCUCCUGGCUGCCAUCAAUAGGCAGCCUAAAGAUGCCAACGUCCGGCGGUACCUCCAGCUAACACAGUCAGAACUCAGCAGCUACCAUAGAAAAGAGAAGCAACUCUACCUGGGCAUGUUUGGUUAACAAAGAAGAAAGAUGCUCCUCCACUUGAACUUAGGUGGGCCAUUAAACAUGCAUCAAGGAGAAACCUGAGCCUCAGCAAGAGAAAUUUACCCUAUACCUCUGACCCAGGUGGAUUUCUGUUUCUAGUUUUGCACAAACUUCACUACAUAGACAGUCUGAGUCCUUUUCUGUCUGUCCAUCUGUAUAUUUCUGUAGCUUUCGAUACAUGUUAUUGUUGGGGCUGUUUGCCUUGAGAAAUACAAUCAGAAAACAUCA